AUGCUCAUUGCUCGUUUGCGUCUAGCUAACAUCGCCCAGCAAGCUGGCGCAACCCAGUGCUCCAAGUACGAUGUCGCCUCUAAGCACGGUGUCUCCUCCAAGCACAAUGCUGCCUUCAAUCACGACGUUGCCUCUUCUCCCAGCUCUUUCGUCAUUGCCGUUGUCACAUUGGGCAUCGCCUUUGUGGGCGCCGCCAUAUGGGUAAGUGGGUUGCGUCUAGCCUCACCAUGGCUUUGCCUGGGGCUUCGUCAAGCGUGGGUAAAUGAUCGCCUAACCUUGAUCCCACCGUGUCAGCUUGCUUUGUCGUUGAAGCCUCCAUCUCCAUUUUCUUUUGCGAAGCUCCUUGCACUAGAAAAUUCUUCAAGAGAAAGAAAUGAGGAAGACAGAUGGAAGAAUAAAGGAUUCUCUCAAGAGUUUAUAUAUACCCUGGCCAAUAGGCAAUGCCCUAGAAAAAAGAAGGUUUUGACUGCUAGAUCUAAUGGAAGAUUCAAUGAAUGA